CCGAGCCAGGCCCCCGCCGCCGGGCUCUCCGCUCGGCCGAGGGGCGCCCGUGCCGCCGCCGCGGCGCUCAGCCUGGAAAAGUUUCCCCGCCCGGCUCCCCAGGAGCCUGCAGCCCGCAUCCCGCCCUCAAGCCCUGCCCAUCUCGGCCCCAUGCCCCCACCAAUCAGCCCCCGGCCACGGGCAGUGAGCAGGCACGUGGGAGCCGAGGCCCUGUGACCAGGCCAGGGAGACGGGAGCUCUGGGGUCCCGGCCACCUGUCCCCCCAUGGAGCUGAGGCCCUGGUUGCUAUGGGUAGUAGCAGCAGCAGGAGCCUUGGUCCUGCUGGCAGCUGAUGCCCGUGGCCAGAAGGUUUUCACCAACACGUGGGCUGUGCACAUUCCAGGAGGUCGAGCCGUGGCUGACAGCGUGGCACGAAAGCAUGGGUUCCACAACCUGGGCCAGAUCUUCAGUGACUAUUACCACUUCUGGCAUCGAGCAGUGACAAAGCGGUCCCUGUCGCCUCACCGCCUGCGGCACAGCCGGCUGCAGAGGGAGCCUCAAGUAAAGUGGCUGGAGCAGCAGGUGGCAAAACGGAGAACCAAAAGGGAUGUGUAUCAGGAGCCCACAGACCCCAAGUUCCCCCAGCAGUGGUACCUGUCUGGAGUCACUCAACGAGACCUGAACGUGAAGGAGGCCUGGGCCCAGGGCUUCACGGGGCAUGGCAUUGUGGUCUCCAUCCUGGACGACGGCAUCGAGAAGAACCAUCCUGACUUGGCAGGCAAUUAUGAUCCUGGGGCCAGCUUUGAUGUCAAUGACCAGGACCCUGACCCUCAGCCUCGGUAUACACAGAUGAAUGACAACAGGCACGGCACACGGUGUGCAGGGGAAGUGGCUGCAGUAGCCAACAAUGGUGUCUGUGGCGUAGGUGUGGCCUACAACGCCCGCAUUGGAGGGGUGCGCAUGCUGGAUGGCGAGGUAACUGAUGCAGUAGAGGCACGCUCACUGGGCCUGAAUCCCAACCAUAUCCACAUCUAUAGUGCCAGCUGGGGCCCGGAGGACGAUGGCAAGACCGUGGAUGGGCCAGCCCGUCUUGCUGAGGAGGCCUUCUUCCGGGGGGUUAGCCAGGGUCGCGGUGGGCUAGGCUCCAUCUUUGUCUGGGCCUCGGGGAAUGGGGGCCGGGAACAUGACAGCUGCAACUGCGAUGGCUACACCAACAGCAUCUAUACACUGUCCAUCAGCAGCGCCACACAGUUUGGCAAUGUGCCCUGGUACAGUGAGGCUUGCUCAUCCACACUGGCCACCACUUACAGCAGCGGCAACCAGAAUGAGAAGCAGAUUGUGACCACUGACUUGAGGCAGAAGUGCACAGAAUCUCACACGGGCACCUCAGCCUCUGCCCCCUUGGCAGCUGGCAUCAUUGCUCUCACCCUGGAGGCCAAUAAGAACCUCACUUGGAGGGAUAUGCAGCACCUGGUGGUACAGACCUCCAAGCCAGCCCACCUCAACGCGAAUGACUGGGCCACCAAUGGUGUGGGCCGGAAAGUGAGCCACUCAUAUGGCUACGGGCUGUUGGAUGCAGGUGCCAUGGUGGCCCUGGCCCAGAACUGGACAAUGGUGGCCCCCCAGCGCAAGUGCAUCAUCGACAUCCUCACAGAGCCCAAGGACAUUGGCAAACGACUAGAGGUGCACAAGACUGUGACUGCGUGCCUGGGCGAGCCCAACCACAUCACCCGGCUGGAGCAUGCUCAGGCACGGCUCACCCUGUCCUACAAUCGCCGCGGUGACCUGGCCAUUCACCUAGUCAGCCCCAUGGGGACCCGCUCUACCCUUCUAGCUGCCAGGCCACAUGACUACUCCGCAGAUGGGUUUAAUGACUGGGCUUUCAUGACAACCCAUUCCUGGGAUGAGGACCCCUCUGGCGAGUGGGUCCUGGAGAUUGAAAACACCAGCGAAGCCAACAACUAUGGGACACUGACCAAGUUCACUCUUGUACUGUAUGGCACAGCCCCCGAAGGGCUUCCCACACCUCCUGAGAGCAGCGGCUGCAAGACCCUCACGUCCAGCCAAGCCUGCGUGGUGUGCGAAGAAGGCUUCUCCCUGCACCAGAAAAGCUGUGUCCAGCACUGCCCACCAGGCUUCACACCCCAACUUAUUGAUACACACUACAGCACCGAGAAUGACAUGGAGACCAUCCGUGCCAGCGUCUGUGCCCCCUGCCACUUUUCGUGUGCCACAUGCCAGGGCCCUGCCCCUACAGACUGCCUCAGUUGCCCUAGCCAUGCCUCCCUGGACCCUGUGGAGCGGACAUGCUCCCGGCAAAGUCAGAGCAGCCGGGAGUCCCGACCCGAGCAGCAGCCACCUGGGUUACCCCCAGAGGUGCAGGUGGAGCCACGGCUGCAGGCCGGGCUGUGGCCCUCACACCUGCCUGAAGUGGUCGCCGGCCUCAGCUGCGCCUUCAUCGUGCUGGUCUUCAUCACUGUCUUCCUGGUACUGCAGCUGCGCUCAGGCUUCAGCUUCCGGGGGGUAAAAGUGUACACCAUGGACCGUGGCCUCAUCUCCUACAAGGGGCUGCCCCCCGAAGCCUGGCAGGAGGAGUGCCCAUCUGACUCAGAAGAGGAUGAGGGCCGGGGCGAGAGGACCGCCUUUAUCAAAGACCAGAGCGCCCUUUGACGAGCCCACUGCCCAUCCCCUCAAGCUGAUCCCCUCCUUGGGCACUUUUUAAUUCACCAAAGUAUUUUUUUAUCUUGGGUCUGGAUUUGGACCCUAGCUGGGAGGCUAGAGGGGCAGAGACUGCUUCCCACCCCACCCUGGGGUCUACCUGGUUUCCUGAUGUGAGUCACCAGGAUCAGCUGGGUGGGGAGAAGGCCUCUCCUCAGGCCAAGACCCCCUCCAUGUGGAGAAAGGAGUGAAACCUUUAGGGCAGCUUUCCAAGGCCCAGGCCCCAGCCAGAGUUCUUGUGGAGCAAAGAGGGGCGGCCUUUCUCGGGGUUCCUGACCCAGGCUGCAGCCUUGCCCCUUCCCUGUCCCUCUAAAGCAAUAAUGGUCCCCAUCCAGGCAGCAGGGAGGCUGGCUAGGAGGUACUUGAGUGAGGAGGCCACCUCUCCAAGGGCUUUUGCAUCCCUGACCCUAUCCCCACGCUGAUGAGCCUUGGCAGAAGCCACAAUCAUAGGAAGGGACCAAGGCAAUGCAGGCGCUGACUGGUGUACCUAGGUGUGCAUGCCCCUGGCAUGUGUGCGCUCCAGGCCUCCACCUCAGCUGGCAGCCAGGCUGAAGCUCCAUGGGGCCCUGUGCUGGUGUUCCGACCACCCUCUUCUCCCAUCAGGGCCCAAGGCCCUUUUUUUCUGAGCCUGGGGCUGCCUGGGCUGUUGGCAUUCAGUCCCCAAGCCCCUGGGUGGGUGGUGGGGAGGGACGGUGGCCCAGCUGGCCUCUCCCGCCUCCCACCCGAUGCUGCUUUCCCCUGUGGGGAUCUCAGGAGCUGUUUGAGGAUAUAUUUUCACUUUGUGAUGAUUUCACUUUAAUGCUGAUUUUUUUUGUAUUUUUAAUGGGGUAGCAGCUGGACCACCCACCUCCUCACACCCGUGCCCACCCUGCUCUUCCCCUGGCUGCCCAGCCUGAGGUGUAGGGGGCUGUAGCAUGUUGCUGAGGAGUGGGAAAUAGCUGAGCCCCAAAUCCUAAAGUCAGGCCGACCAGGUGGGCUCUAGGAAAGGAAGUCAUGGUGGGAGGGGUAGGCUGACAUCUGUGUUUCAAAUGGGGCUUGUGCCAAGGGCUUAUUGGUCACUGGCUAUCCAAGUGCCAGGGGUGGGCAGGUGGUGGUACCAAGCCCCUUUUAACACUGUGCCCUGGUGGAGAAAGCACUGACCUAUGAUGCCCCCAAACCCCCUCUUCUGACGUGCCUUUUGCACCCCUCCCAUUAGGACAAUCAGUUCCCUCCCACCUGGGAGCCCCCUUUUCUUUCCCUUAGCCCUUCCUGGUACCCAGCCACCUGCCCAGGGGUGCCUCCUCUCCUAUCCACCCGCCUUGUGGCCAUCCCGGCUGGUUUUGUAAGAUACUGGGUUGGUGCACAGUGAUUUUUCCCUUGUAAUUUAAACAGGCCCAGCAUUGUUGGUUCUAUUUAAUGGACACGAGAUAAUGUUAGAGGUUUUAAAGUGAUUAAACGUGCAGACUAUGCAAACCAA